AAAGACCCUAAAAUGGUAAGUAUGCUUUGUCAGAAAUUGGUGUCUAAGAAAGGUUCUCACGGGUCGGCCUCACCUCCUCGUCGUGAUUAACGAUGCCCAGAAUACGCACAACACGGACGAAGAAGCCCCCAGAAGGCUAUGAAGAUAUUGAAAGCAUUCUCGAUGAUUAUGCGAAGAAGAUGAGAGACGCUGAGAACGAGUCUCAUGAGGGCAAGCGCAAGGCCGAGUCUCUCUGGCCCAUCAUGCGUAUCUCACAUACCAGGUCGCGUUACAUCUAUGAGCUCUAUUACAAGCGUGAAGCUAUCUCAAAAGAGCUUUAUGACUGGCUCUUGAAGGAAGGAUAUGCAGAUGCGAACUUAAUAGCCAAAUGGAAGAAGACAGGUUAUGAGAAAUUGUGCUGCCUCAGAUGUAUCCAGACCAAGGAUAUGAACUAUCAAGGCUCCACAUGUAUCUGUCGCGUGCCCAAAGCACAGGUACGGUCAGGUACGGUUGUCGAAUGCGUACAUUGUGGAUGCCGUGGCUGCAGCUCAGACUCCUAGGCGGGGGAGGUCCAUAUCAAGUCAUCACUAAAGAAGCAGAACCUCGAGCCAGACGUCUACCUCAUAGGUGCCCAUACGAGCUUUGUCAGUCGAGGUACAUCGGGAGGAUAGAUGGGGAAAGCGUAGUCGCAAUAUCUGUGCCCUGAGAUAUGAUCCAUAUUUUGUAUUCUUGCAAUCGCCAUGGAGGUCUUCUCCUGAUCAACAACCCAGAAUACAACAUCCGAAUAUUGUAAUGAUGUCGACAUGGUGAGGUUGGUAAAUGUGUUGUACUUUCUGG